ACAUUCUGUCGUCUGUCGUCUGUCGUUACCGGAGAACGAAGUUUGAAGUAUAACGUGAGAAACUUAACCAAUUUCGAAGUGUAGUGCAAAUAAUGUUAUUAGUGUUCAUAUUGUAAAAGUAAUGAAAUUGUAAUUCAUUCUUAUAUAUUGAAAAUAUUUUUUAUUACAAUGGAGUCAAGUGAAUUGUGUAAUAUUGAAUUCAUUGAUUUGAACGGAGUUGAAGAAAAUGAGCAGUUGAGAAUCAAAAAUUCACUUCAACAAUAUGAUCCCAGUGUACAAUUACCUUGGAUCAAAAAUCAAAAAAAGUUUAUUGGAAAACAAGUGCAAAAAAGGAAGGAAAAAGUACAAUGCAGCGUGUCUACACAUCACAAUACUUAUAUUCAACAUCCAAUGAUAACCCAACCCAUAUUUUACAAUCAUCAACAGCCUCCUGUAGUGGUACAGCCUAUUCUCCCUUAUGCUCCAAACAUUGUCUAUUAUACCACCAAUGCCAUGUCUCCUGUUUCUGCCUCCUACCCCCAACAAGUUUUUAUUCCUCAAUCUACUUAUUCCCCUCAGGCCGCCACUUAUACUUAUCCAAUAGCUAUUUCCCAAAAGCACAAUGCUGAAGAUCAACAAAAAGAAAACAAUAUCACUGAAGAAGAAGAACAAGAACCUCCCAAAGAAGAAGUAAAAGAAAAUGGGAUUCCGGAAAAUGUACCUGAGGAAUUGCCCAAAGUAGUAAACGGAAAUGAAAAUGUGGUAAAAACUGCUAGUCCUGGCUCAGGAAAUAAAUCAUGGGCAAGUUUAUUCAGUACUAACAAACCAAAUGCAGUCACCACUACUACUUCAGAGAAUACCACUAAAAAUAACGAUGAUAAAAGUGGAAAUAAAGAUUUAAACAAUAGUAUGCUGUGUCCUAUAAAAUAUCCAAGAAAGGCACAGCCAUUUGUUGAUCCAGAAUCUUUCAGAUUAGGAGAAUUCUUGUCAUCUUACACCCUCGAUGGUAGAACAAUAAGCUUGGAACCAAGAGGAUUAUUGAAUCAAAGUAAUUACUGUUAUAUAAAUUCGAUAUUACAAGCUUUAGCAGCCUGUCCGCCUCUAUACAAUCUUCUGACCGAUCUAUCUGGUAAUAUUUCUCCAAAUGAGAAUAGAAAGAAAACCCCCGUUAUUGAUGCAAUGUGUUGUUUUAUGAAAGAAUUUAAACAUCUACCUCCGAAUAUGAGAAAAAAUUCCAAAAAAGACACAAACAUAAUAAUAAAAACCGAUACCCCGUUUGUACCAACUUGGAUUUUCAAAUUGCUGAACGGAAAUAACUCCGAACUCAUAGAAGGAAGACAAGAGGAUGCGGAAGAAUUUCUUGGAUUCCUGUUAAACGGAUUGAAUGAUGAGAUGCUCGAGUUGAUCAAAUUGGUAAGAAACGAUCAGGAUAAAACGGAAACUCGAAUUUCCUAUGAAGAAGAUGUUGAAAAAGAAUGGAAGGUAAUGGGACCGAAAAAUAAGGGUAGCAUCACUAGAAGAACGGAAUUCGGUAAAACCCCUAUAAGUGAUAUAUUCGGAGGACUUUUGAAAUCGAAAAUACACCGAGCAGGAGAAUUGACCACGGAAAACGUUCAACCAUUUUUCACUUUACAAUUAAAUAUUAAGAAGGUGAAAACUGUCCAAGAGGCUCUAGAAGGUUUAUUAAACACUCAUAAAUUGGAAGGACUCACUUCUUCUAAAACUAAAGAAGAAAUUGAGGCUUGGCAGCAAGUACUUCUUGAUGAAUUGCCUGCCAUACUUGUCCUUCAUUUAAAAUGUUUCGAUUAUAAAGCCAACGGAUGUACUAAAAUUAUAAAAUCUGUCGAAUUUCCCAUUGAUAUGAAAAUAGAUCAGAAAUUACUGGCUUCUAAACAACAAAAUCAAAAAGAAAGACAGUACAAAUUGUUUGCAGUAGUUUACCAUGACGGUAAAGAGGCUACGAAAGGUCAUUACGUAACUGAUGCCUUUCACGUUGGUUACAACUGUUGGUUGAGGUAUGACGAUGCUUCGGUGAAAACAGUUCAGGAAGAGCAUGUCUUGAAACCGCAGGGAAGCAGGGUUCCCUACCUGUUGUUCUACAGACGUUGUGACACGAUUAAAGGGAAAUAGACGAUUGUACAUAUUUAAAAUAUUUCAGAUCACCAAUUUAUAUGUGGAUAAGGCUGUUUUAAAUUAGUGUAAUUCGAAUGGAUGAUUUUUUUACUUUGUAAAAAAUUUUGUACAUAUUUUUUUGUAAUUAUUUUGUAUAUACAUAUAAAUAUUUGAAUAUUGUGGAUCGGAACGUAUU